UUUGAUAGAUUUGUGACAUGGAGUGCUCAAUAGUUGGUUGAGCAUUGACAAAAGAACAGGGGAUGGAAUGUGUGAGAACUUUGCAUAAAAGAAAAAUGUCUGCUCAUCUCAAAGAACAGUAUAGCUACACUUGUGUAAGCUUCCCUCACAUGGAAGGUAUAUCAAUAUUCUCAUCAGAUGGAGAACUGUUCAGAGCUAAUGCUGCCUUACUCGCUGUGUUUAGUGCCUAUCUACGGAAGGAGCUCAUAAGGCAUCAUGUCAAAUCAGACAUUGUGGUCUGUCUCCCUGAUAUUGCCUCAGGGCCUCUCUCUUGCAUAUUGCAAUUCAUUCAUUCCGGCCAGAUGGAAGUAGAACAAAGACAGUUAUGGGAUGUGUUUGAUGCUGCUCAGGCUCUUGGAAUUGAAGGAUUCCCUUAUUCUGCUUUUCUUUCUGAGAGUCCCUCAGACAAAGUACCAGAAGAUGGGAUGCAAAUGGAGACUGAGACUCAAGAGCUAUGUGAUGAGACUUUGGAGCAUGAAGUGCCACAAAGGCCAGUGAGUAACUGCAGCAGCUCAAGCAAUGUAGUAGAUGUGGAGAACUGCCUUGGAACCAGCAGAGUAGAAUUGAAUGAACUAGUACCUAACACUAUAAGUGCAGAAAAACAGGGCAAGAAUAGUGACCAUGUUCCUGCAUGUAAUGGAGUGUCUAGUAGCACAGAAGCUUCCAAGUGCAGCAAGAUUCCAGUCUCCCUCACUGACAAUGUUACUUCAAUGUACAAGGAGACAGAGUUGAAUCAAACAGAGUUAGGGUCAGAUAUCCUUGAAUCUCAGCUGAAUGACAGUGUUUGUGCUAAAAAUUUCCAGAAAAUUGAUCAUAAGAAUCCCACAGUGGCUACAGAAGAUACAAUUAAUAAAGUGAAAGAUGAUGUUGAGUCAGGAGUGGUCUUAGAUGGUGGCCUUGAAACAAGCAUUGUGGACUUGAAUGAGCUUGCAAAUAUCUCUGUAGGUACUGAGAAAAUAAAAGAGGACAGGGUCUAUGAUCCUGUUAGUAACUGUGGAGUCACCAGUUGCCUAGAUGUUUCUGAUUGCAAGAUUUCUAUCCCCAUGACUGAAAAAGAAACGUUGAAUUCUGAGAAAACGGAAAUGGAUCAAACAAAGUUUACACCAGAUAUCCUCACACCUCAGCUGAAUCACAGCAUUUGUACUGAAGAUUCACAGGAAAUUGGCCUUAAUAAUUCUAUGAUACCUGCAGGAGAUGAAGCGCAUAAAGACAUUUCAGACACUCCACAAUUAGUUGUUGCAUCAGCAGAGGCAAAGUCUGGUCCAGAGGAUGAUGAAGUGCAUGUUGGUGAUGGAAGGAGGAAAAUAAAUUCAGAGUUGGUCAUUCAUGCUCCAGAGAACAUGGGUAAUGAUGAAUGUGGUGAAAGUGAAAAAGCAACUCUUGAAUCAGAAGAGGCCAAUCCUACAGAAGAAACCAAAGACAUUGCUGUAUAUGGUGGAGAUAAAGAAAAUGUCAUAAAUCAAGGAUUAAGCCCAGUAAUCCAACAAAGAAGUAAUGAUUCCAUUGUUCUACCUGUAAUAGACAAAGUUAAUGGAAAGGACCCUGCAAACCAUGUUGAGGGGAGUUUACACCAAAGUGGAGGCUCACCAACAACAAUUGGAGAGGAAGGGGAAGACAGGAUUAACCAAGAAGAAACAUCUUUGAACCAUGAAUCUCAGGGCAGGCACUGGAAAGGAAGGAAGAGAGAACAGCUUUCCCAUUCGGCCAGUAGAUCUCCUCGAGCUCAGAAAAUGCCUCGUCAGUCUGGGCCCAUUACUCGGAACAGCUCCAGGUCAACAAGGCCAGUCACUAGAAGUAGCCAUGUUACCAAGAAGUAGUUCCAUCUUCAUUCCAAGUCACAUGUGUCUCCUUCAUUGGCAAACCAGGUUUGAUGCGGAGUGGCUCUACCAAAGAAAGC